UGCACUACCACAUCUGGUUGAUUUUUGCAUUUUUUGUGGAAAUGUGGUUUUGUCAUGGUGCCAGGCUGGUCUUGAACUCCUGGGCUCAAACGAUCCCCCUGCCUCAGCCAUCCACAGUGCUGGGAUUACAGGCCCGGCCCUGACUUACUUUCCUACUUCCCAUAAGCCAGGUUACCAAAUUGGUGAAAUUAACCAUGACGUCCUUGUGAUGGGGGAGCAGAUAUAUCAAAAGCAAAGAUACAGGAGGUUACAUUAUUAAAUUAUGUCAUCCUAGGACAAACCUGGCCACAGGAGCCCUUUGCCAAUAUUCUGAAAAGUGUUGUGACCAUCUGCUUUGAGGCUCAAAGGUUUCUGACUAAACUCCAGGCUGCUUCAAGCUCUUUACUUGUCUUUAUCAGUCUUUUCGGAGGGACCCAGACACAGUGUGCAGAGGCCUGAAUCCUCCAGACCAUUCUCUCUCCACCAGGAGUCCUGCCUUGGGUAACUUUCCAGCUCCCCUUGGCCUUAAUGAGCCAGAAAAUCAGGCCCGAGCCUAAAGAGAACAGAAAUUUCAGAAUCAAGCCUGUUCUGAGCCUGUGGGGGAAGUGAAGGACACAGUGGGAUUUCUAUAUUGGAGACUUCCUAUCAUACUCUCUCUGACCAGGGAGAAAGGGCAGAUGCUGUUUGAUUUUGCAGUCUAUGAUUUGGCUUCUCAUUCUUGCUGCUGUCUAAACCUCAUUAUUUACUUCCCUUCCCUGAAAAAAAUUCCCCUUAACAUGCUCAGUACCCAACCUCUGGGUAUUUCCACCUGCCUUUGCCUUGGUUCUACCUUUUCAGGUUGCGGGAUCCCGAGCUGUUCCUUGGAACAGCUGAUUCUCCGUUAGGUCUAAGAUCUCACCUAAUCACGGGGGAGAGAGAGAGAGAGAGAGACUGCCUUUGCUCUACAAAGUGAAGAGGAUCAGGAUCUGAUCUGGACUCUGGCCCCUCAGCUCUCAGGAAUCCCAUUCCCCCUGACAGGGGUGGCAAGUUCAUCCUAAUAUUUAUGAAGAAAUUUGAAAACAAUCAUUCAGGAAUUUUAGGUCGACAGCUGAAAAACUCCAAGCCUCUGUCAUCUGAGCCACGGGAGAUACUGUGGGCCCUUGCAGGAUACACCCAUGUUCCGCCACCUGCCUAAAGAAGCCAGUGGUUCUUGUCAGCUUCUCAAGGGUGACGCACAGAUCAUCAUCUAGCUUGAGCAGAGGAGCAGUCCAAAGAGCUCAUUGACUCAAGGAGCAUCAUGGCAACUGAGCUGCGCUUGGAGGAGAAGAAUCCAGGGCGUGAUCCACAACCAGGCCUGAAGCAGUGGGGCCCAUAUGUGACCUGUCCAGGGAGCCAGGGAGAUUAAAGAGAAGUCGUUGGUAAAGAAGCAGUCGUCGGUCCAUGUGAGAGAAGCGGGCUGCUGAGAUGACUGCGAACCGGCUUACGGAGAGCCUUCUGGCUUUGAGCCAACAGGAAGAACUAGUGGAUUUGCCAAAAGACUACCUCUUGAGUGAGAGUGAAGAUGAGGGGGACGGUGAUGGAGAGAGAAAGCAUCAGAAGCUUCUGGAAGCAAUCAGUUCCCUUGAUAGAAAGAAUAGGCGGAAAUCAGCUGAGAGGUCUGAGGCUAGUCUGAAGGUAUCAGAGUUCAAUGUCAGUUCUGAAGGAUCAGGAGAAAAGCUGGUCCUUGCAGAUCUGCUUGAGCCUGUUAAAACUUCAUCUUCUUUGGCUACUGUGAAAAAGCAACUGAAUAGAGUCAAAUCAAAGAAGACCGUGGAGUUACCUCUUAACAAAGAAGAGAUUGAACGGAUCCACAGAGAAGUAGCAUUCAAUAAAACCUCACAAGUCCUCUCCAAAUGGGACCCUAUCGUCCUAAAGAACCGACAGGCAGAGCAGCUGGUUUUUCCCCUGGGGAAGGAGGAGCCAAUCAUUGCUCCCAUUGAACAUGUGCUCAGUAGCUGGAAGGCAAGAACUCCUCUGGAGCAAGAAAUUUUCAACCUCCUCCAUAAGAACAAGCAGCCAGUGACAGACCCUUUACUGACUCCCGUAGAAAAGGCCUCUCUCCAAGCCAUGAGCCUGGAAGAGGCAAAGAUGCGCCGAGCAGAGCUUCAGAGGGCCCGGGCUCUGCAGUCCUACUAUGAGGCCAAGGCUCGAAGAGAGAAGAAAAUUAAAAGUAAAAAGUAUCACAAAGUCAUGAAGAAAGGAAAGGCCAAGAAAGCCCUAAAAGAGUUUGAGCAACUGCGGAAGGUUAAUCCAGCUGCAGCAUUGGAAGAACUGGAAAAAAUUGAAAAGGCCAGAAUGAUGGAAAGAAUGAGCCUUAAGCACCAAAACAGUGGGAAAUGGGCCAAAUCAAAGGCAAUUAUGGCCAAAUACGACCUGGAGGCUCGCCAGGCUAUGCAGGAACAGUUGGCCAAGAACAAAGAACUGGCACAGAAACUCGAGGUAGCCUCUGAGAGUGAGGAAGAGGAGGGAGGCGCAGAAGUGGAAGAACUCCUUGUCCCUGAUGCAGUGAAUGAAGUGCAGAUGAAUGUGGACGGACCGAAUCCCUGGAUGCUCAGGAGCUGCGCCAGUGACACCAGAGAGGCUGCAACCGAGGAGGAGGACCCUGAGCAGCUGCCAGAGCCUGUGGCCCACGAAGUUUCUGAAAGUGAGGGAGAAGAAAGACCAGUGGCAGAAGAAGACAUUUUGUUGAGAGAAUUUGAGGAAAGGCGAUCCCUUAGAAAAAGAUCGGAGCUCAACCAGGAUGCUGAGCCAGCAGACAGUCAAGAAACAAAAGAUUCUAGUAGCCAGGAGGUGCUGUCCGACUUGAGGGCACUGUCUCAGAAACUGAAGGACGACCAUCAGUCCAGGAAGCAAAAAGCAAGUUCAGAGGGGACUGUUCCCCAGAUCCAGAGAGAGGAACCUGCCUCAGAAGAAGAGGAGCCCCUGUUGCUACAGAGGCCAGAAAGAGUACAGAUGCUGGAAGAGCUAGAAAACGAAGAAUGUUUUCAAAAUAAGGAGCUUUCCAGACCUGUGUUAGAAGGGCAUUGGUCAGAGAAGACCCCAAAUAAUCACCCUGAUGCCCCUAAGGAGAAGAAAAAGAAGGAGCAAAUGAUUGACCUACAGAACCUCCUAACCACACAGUCUCUCUCGGUGAAGUCUUUGGCAGUGCCCACAACAGAGACGCUGGAAGAUGACGUGGAGAGAAACCAAAGGCAGAUGAUAAAGGAAGCCUUCGCUGGGGAUGAUGUCAUCAGAGAUUUCUUGAAAGAGAAGAGGGAGGCUGUGGAGGCCAGUAAGCCAAAGGACGUGGACCUGACACUACCUGGCUGGGGCGAGUGGGGUGGUGUGGGCCUAAAGCCCAGUGCCAAGAAAAGACGCCGGUUUCUCAUUAAAGCCCCUGAGGGUCCUCCAAGAAAAGAUAAGAAUUUGCCAAAUGUGAUUAUCAAUGAGAAGCGCAACAUCCACGCAGCGGCUCAUCAGGUACGAGUGCUUCCAUAUCCAUUUACCCACCAUCGGCAAUUUGAAAGGACCAUCCAGACCCCUAUAGGAUCCACGUGGAACACCCAGAGAGCUUUCCAAAGGCUGACUACUCCUAAGGUCAUCACCAAGCCAGGCCGUAUCAUUAAGCCCAUAAAAGCAGAGGAUGUGGGCUACCGGUCUUCCUCAAGGUCGGACCUCUCUGUCAUACAGAGGAAUCCAAAACGGGUCACCACGCGUCACAAAAAACAGCUGAAGAAAAACUCUGUAGAUUGAGUUGCUGGAGGAGUGACAGCCAGGAGCCCUGACUCCACUCACUUUGGUCCAGUUUUACUCUGCUACAAGGUGGGUUCCAAAACUGGCUCAGCACCUUGCAAGUAGUUGAGCCACAUUUUAAAAAUAAAGGCUUUUUAAAUCUAAAAACAAACAAACAAACAAACAAAGAAGCCGUUGUCAUUUUUGUUAGGAGAAGAGAGGAAUGUGUAGUUGUUGAGUCUCCUAGUCACUGUCUUAUUUCAGACAUGGGCAGCAUGACCUUUCCUCUUUGUAUUCUGGGAAUAUCUCUGAUGUUCCUUGGGAACCUCUGGGCUAGCUGCCAGCUGUGAGCUAUCAUUCUGGAGUUUCUCAUUUUCUCAAAAUCUUUGACAUCCAUUAAAGUGGAUCUGGUUUCCAGGCCCUGAUCUUCCCCCUAGUGACUUAGAGGGACAACAGCAUUUCAGGUGGUAUCCACUGUGAGCUGAUCACAUUUUGUCAACAGAACUAGAUAAAGGGGUGUCUGCGGGAUGCCCUGCAGCUAUUGACCAUGGUAGCAUAAGGGGACCUGGAGAGAGGGACUGGGCACAAUUUUAUUAAUAAGUCUCAGGAUUCCUUUACAUUUUACCAGCUUUUUCCUUACGCCAGGUGAACACAAUUUCCAUUUGAAAGAACUUCCUCUUUUUCCCAGGUAAGAGUAGCUGGGAUACCAGAAAUUUUAAUGGUUUCUGAGAUUGAAUCAUUAACAUAAACAAAAUAACUGGAUCGCAAAUUAAUGGCCAAAAUGCAUCCCUCACACAUUAGCACAACUUCUCCUCUAACUGUUGAUGGCCUAAGUCUUUCUGAAAACUUUAAUCUGGGGGUGAGAACUUGGGAGAUAAAUACAGUCAUGUUCCUUAUAAAUAAGGGGCUUCCCUGACAGUAGAAGUUACAAAGAGAAAGAAGAUCAUGGGCCUCUUCCCUUUGAAUUGUCCUCCCUCUUGCUAGUUACUGCCUGAGCUUCUUGUGUGGCCUUCAUAUUAUCGCUGUACUUUCCACCACUCAUGAGGGGCAGGCCCCAGAGUGACCACGGCCAAGCCCCAGCUCUGCCAGCAGGCCCCAUCUUCUCAUGAUUCUGCGGGCUUCUGUUUCCUGGCGUUUCUCUUCUUCCUGGCAUCUCUCUUCAUCUCUUCAGACUCUUGGUGAAUUUUUACUGGUAGAAAAGAUGUCAAGAAUUAGUAAGAAAGGAAAGAUUUACAGCCUGAAUGAGGGCUACGCUAUUUGCUCAAGAAAAAUGGGUGCCCUUUAACGAUUUUUUUUUUUUUUAAUAUUAGGAAACAAUAAGAAUUCAGAAGGAGCCACUAUCAGGGCUAUAGGUUAUUUUCCAUAAAAACCUUUGCAAAAUUUCCUUGUUUACUGAAUUAAUGAGAGGAAUUAACAGAGCAUUGCUGUGGUGGAGAACUCUCUGGCGAAGCUUUCCUGGGCUUUGUCUGCUAAAACUGUAGCUAAAUUUCUUAGAACACUCUCUUAAUAAGCUUAUGUGGGCUAAGGAGCAAACAUCUCCCCAAUGUUGUGAAAAUGAAUGGCUGUGAUUAGUUAAGGCCAAAUUGUAUCCUGUACCUUCAGAGGCCCUCGCUCUCCUCCCCCAAGUUAUGCCCAUCUAUAGUUAUCCAUCCACCCACCCAUCCAUCCAUCCAUCCAUCCGUCCAUCCAUCCACUUAUUCUUAUAUCCCUUCAUCCCUCCUAUAUCUAUUUAAUUUAUCUAUCUAUCUAUACUUCUCACAGCUUUUCUUUCCAGAGCAAAGAUAAGUUGAAGAGUAGCAACACCUCUCUCUGUUAUGUGAAGUUAUUUUGGGCUAAAAAACUAGGAAUUUAGGAAUGUGAGUUCUAUCUUUAGUUCCUGGUAGUUCACUGUGUGUCUUCUGAAAGAUUCUGUAUUUAAAUAUUUUGGUUGCAUGACUUAAUGUUUUCUAUUAAUAUAAAAAUUGUAUGCAUUCCUGUGUAACAUGUGGAAGGCACCAAAAAAAGAAAAAAAGAAAAUGUAAACAAAACCAUGUGUAAGUUUCUUCACUCUCAGUAACCCCACUGUGAAUAUCACGAUGUAAAACUCUAGGUUUUAUUUUUCUGCAAAUGUGCUUGCAUAGUUGCCAAAUGUAAUCCAAUU